AUGCCGCCAGAAGAGGAUGCUUUGCAGUCCGAGUGCAUGACAACCCUGUCUGACCGAUGCUCUUAUACGGAAGCUGGAUCUCGCUAUGGUGAUGCGAAGAGACAUAGGAGGGAGGGGUAUUUGAUCACAGGAGAGUACAUCCAAGACAAGGUAGGACGAUCGGAUCUCCAAAGUGGUCCGAUGGCACUAGCUGCAUACAUCGACCGUGAUCGCUCGACAGUGAGAUGA